GUCAUACUUUUUGAAAAGUCUUUAUGACAGCUAUGUCAUCUACGUAAACAAUUUUAAAUUAUAAAUAUAUUUAUUUAUAUUUUACAAUCCAAUAUCUUGUAUUAUUAAUUUAAGAUGGUAUUAAAACGGACAAAGGGUUACCAAGACAUAGAUGAAAAUAAUGAAUCUCCAUCAACUGCAAACGUUGAUAAUUUACCACAAGGAAUUGAGAUGGGGUCUGUUUCUGUUGUACCUGAUGAUACUUUUACUGUGACACAAGCUGUGAAUGCUUUAGGGUUUGGUUGGUUUCAAGUAAAAUUGUCUUUAUGGACAGGACUCUGCUGGAUGGCAGAUAGUAUGGAAAUGACUAUUUUGUCCAUUUUGUCACCUGCUUUACAUUGUGAUUGGCAAAUAUCGAGAUACCAACAAGCUUUAACAACGACAGUGGUAUUUUUAGGGAUGAUGCUUUCAUCAACUUUUUGGGGUAACUUAAGUGAUCGAUAUGGUAGAAAACAUGCAUUGACAUUAUGUGCAAUAUUACUUUUUUACUAUGGACUUUUAAGCUCUAUAGCUCCGAGUUUCAUGUGGAUACUUUUACUUAGAGGUCUUGUUGGAUUUGCUAUAGGAUGUACACCACAAUCUGUCACUUUAUAUGCUGAAUUUUUGCCCACAAAGCAGAGAGCAAAGUGUGUUGUGUUGCUUGAUUGUUUUUGGGCAUUGGGUGCGUGUUUUGAGGUAGCUCUAGCAUUAGUUGUUAUGCCAACUUUAGGAUGGCAUUGGCUGCUAGCUCUCUCUACUGGACCUCUACUAGUGUUUGCAUUAAUAUGUCCAUGGUUACCUGAAUCUGCAAGGUACCACGUCGCAAGUGGUCAAACAGAAAAAGCUUUACAGACACUGGAAAAAAUUGCCAAAGAUAACGGUAAACCUAUGUUACUGGGUAGGUUAGUUGUUGAUGAUUCUUUCACGUCAUCUUUACAUAGGGGAAGAUUUAGGGAUCUGCUCAUACCGUCAUUAAGGAAAACAUCACUCCUCUUAUGGUUUAUAUGGAUGGCUUGUUCGUUUUGUUAUUAUGGUCUAGUUUUGAUGACGACUGAAUUAUUUGAAACAUCUGCUAUAUUGUGUACAGCUCAAACGGAACCAAUACAAAUGAUUGAUACAUGUGCAGCAGAAUGCAAAGAAUUACAAUCAACAGAUUACAUGGAUUUAUUGUGGACCACUCUAGCAGAAUUUCCAGGGAUAUUUAUAACGAUAGCAAUAAUAGAAAAAUUUGGUAGAAAGAAAACUAUGGCUGUACAAUUUGUAGCGUACGCUGUAUGCUGUUGCUUCCUCAUAUUAUGUACUGAAACACGAGGUGUCCUUACGACUAUGCUGUUUUUUGCACGUGGAAUAAUUGCUGGUGUAUUUCAAGCGGCCUACGUUUACACACCUGAAGUAUAUCCGACAUCUCUAAGGGCAGUAGGAGUUGGUUCGUGUAGCGCGAUGGCUAGAUUAGGAGCAAUGGUGACUCCAUACGUAGCUCAAGUUCUACUCAAAACAUCAAUUUCAUUUUCAACAACGAUAUACGCAACAGCAGCUAUAAUGGCAGCGGUAGCAUGUCUUCUGUUACCAAUCGAAACCAGAGGCAAAGAACUUACAGAAAAUGUGCAGCAACAAGCAAACUCUGUUUCAAAUACUCAAUAACUAGUCAGAUGACAGAACUGAUGAUAUCAAUCGUUUUCCAGGAAAUUAAUUUCGAAAAAUGACACAGUGCAUUAAUUCAAUUGAAUUUAAUCAAUGAAUUAAAGCGCAGUAACUUUGAUCAAAAUAUUUAUUAGUAUUAUUAAAAAAAUUUCAAUUUCCGUCCAUUAAUAUAACAAAAAAGCGGGUUUUUCCAAAUAAAUGUAAUGGAUUUUAAUAAAUGUACAUAAUUGACUUAUUUCUUCUUCUCUGGAAAUAUUCGUGAUUAUUAACUUUCGUUUACUGUGAUUAGUUGUCUCUAAAAGAACCUUUUCAAGUAGUAUCAAGACGAACAUGGUUAAACAGUUUCUACCACAUUCAGUUUGCAAUAUAAAGCAGUUCUAUAAUAUAUAUUCCUCAUCUUCUAGUUUUUACUGCGAUACAAAAAUUUUCCAGUCAAAUUCACGCUUUUUUUAUUGUUGCCCUCUUUUAAUGAUUGGCUACUUAAUCAUUCUGUUUCUUUCAAAGUUAUCUCCUUUUUGUCUAAAUAUUUGUCUUCACCAAUAGUUUUGAUGACUCCUCAUAAUUUUUUCGAAUUUCCAAAGGAUUUGUAGAUACUUUCAUGUUUUUUUACUAAUUUUUCUACAGAAUAUUUACGUUUCAAUAUAUCCAAAGAUGUUUUCAAUACAUUUUCCUUGUUUUAUAGUUUCGAUUCUUCUGCUUGAGGUCUGAUUUCGUGGCUAGUAUAGGAUUUCAAGCCCGAAAUUAAGUUCAUCCCAAAAAUACUCGAUAUGAUUUAAAUCCGGGCUUCGCGCCAGCCAAUUCAUAGCGGCAAUGUCGAUAUACCCUACGAACCCGCAGUAUGUGAACGAGCCAUUGUCCUGUAUUAGGAUGAAGUUUUCGCCGAUGAAACUGGCGACGUGAUUCCCUAAAAUUUUCUCUUUGUAUUGGUUCGAUAAUCCCCUCGCUACACCACCAAUUUCAAUAAAAUCCAACUCGGUUUUUAUUUCUUUUGAAAUGACCAUUAAAACCAUCUAGGAACGUCAUCCAAAAGACACGUUUUCUUUUAUGCAAAACUUUCUCCGGGUCUUCUAUAAGCUCGUCCACUUCUAUCGCUACCAUGCAGGCACACUCUGCUUUCAUCUGAAAAGAGAACGAAGCCCCAUUAUUGGUUAGUUCACUUGACUUGUUCUUUGGAAAAUCGUAAGCGAGCUGCUCGGUGGGCUGAGGUUAAUUUGGGACCAGUAGCAGGCAUUUUGGCUCAUUUUUAACUGGGAUUGUUUCAUAUUUUCCUUGAUUUUUAUAAAGAUAUCGUCAUUUUGGUUCUUCUACUUAUUUAUUUUCAAUUAAUAAGAUGUCUUUUGGACUAUAGAAUCAUUUUAUCAUAGUUUAUAUUUUUUUAUCAAAAUUUUUCAAUACAUCCUCUUUUAUUAUAGCUUUUAUUUCAUAUUGUUUUUGUGUUUCUUUCAUAUUUUCUUUAUUUGACAUCAACUCUGAUGUAAACAUUUAUUUUCAUAACUUUAAUUCCCAGUGCUCCCUCGUAUUGUUCAAUACUUUUUUAAUAAUAAAAAUUGAGAAAAGCAAACCUUGUCUAUUUUGAGAAUACUUCUGAAUUUUAUCUAUUCUUUUUCUAGAUUGUUAUUGCCUAUUUUUUGUAUCCUCGCUUACUUUAUUAAUUAUGCUUCCAACUUCAAAAAAAGUAGCAUUUUCUCUACAAUGUUUCUGUAAAAAUAAUGCUAUAUAUUUAAAAUGUACGUUAUCAAUUAGUUAUUUUAUUAAAAUCCAGUGCAAAUAACACAGGUCUGCAACAAAAUUCUGUCUAGAUGUUUUUAACUGCUUUCAAUGUAUUUGGGUGUUCUGAAAAUUAAAAAAAUACUCAAAAAGUUUCAGAACAUCAGGUUAAUUUGCAAAACGCAAAAUUUUAUUUAAAAAAAAAGGAUUUUUGGGCUAACUUGAAAGGGCAUAAUUCAAAACCGAAGCAGUCAAUUUCAUACCCCAAUCUACAAUCAGCUAUUCGUCCCAUCCCUCAUGGGACCGAAAUGCCAGCGCCUAAGGCCCUUGCCCUCCCUGAUCCCUGAACCCGAUGACAAGUCAAGUUUUGAAUUUGCAGAUGACAGCAGUACGAAAUUGUUUUCCCAGGGCGAGCUAAAUGAUUUGAUAAGAAACUUACAUCUUCUCAAAAAAACGCUGCUGAGUUGCUUGGAUGAAGGCUCAAAAGCAAGAACUUACUUUUGCGGAGAGUGUCUUCCUCAUGGUUUCGAUAUUGUGAGAAGCAGUUCACUUCCUACUUUGUCCAAGAGGACGAGUUGGUUUAUUAUACCAAUAUUAAAGGUUUGAUGAAUACAUUCAAUAUCUUAUACGACCCAGCACAAAAAGAAGCCUUUAAAUAGUUCUGCUUCACACAAGGUUUCUAUGCUUCCCGUAUACCUCAAGGAAACCUAAAAGAACUUGGAAUUGGUUCUUUGCAAAUUAAAAUAUAAAGAUCGCGGUUGACAAGUUGUUGGCCUCCGAGGAAGCUUAACGCUGGCGGAAAGAACUUCCUACAUGAAACUUUGAUGCCUCCUCAUAAAGUUCUAUCACCACAGCUAGAAUUGAUGAAGCAAUUUGUAAAGUCACUUUCAAGAGAUGAAAAUUGUUUCAAAUACUUAAUAAAAAAGUCACCAGGCCUUUCGGCGGAAAAGUUGAAAGAAGAUUUUUCCAUUGGACCAGAUAUUAAACAGGGUUAUGGCUGAUCUACAAUUCAUCAUAACCAUGACGGAUCCUCAAAGAAAAGGGUGGGUUGCCUUCAAAGAGGUCAUUGAGAAACUUUUCGGCAAUAACAACUACCAAACAAAUCGUCAAAAGAAUGUUAAAAGCAUUUCAAGCUUUAGGUUGCCUGAUGAGUUUAAAAGUUUAUUUUCUUCAUUCCCACCUCGAAUACUUUCCAAAAAAUUUAGAAGAUGUGAAUGAAGAGCAAGGUGAACGAUUUCAUUAAAAUAUUAAGGAGAUAGAAAAAUGAUACCAGGGAAGAUGGAGCAUCUCAAUGAUGACAGACUACCGUUGGACUCUUCAGGUGCUUCCUACUAGCGAAAAUGUGCCAAAAGGAGUCUCACUAGGAGAAAAAAUGUGUUUAGUGCUUAUUAAUGAAUGUAUUUCAUCUUUUAUAUUAAAAUGAUAACUUGUUCAACACAAAUACCUAUAUUGUCAGAAAACGUGACGUUCUACGAGUAAACGAAGGUCAUUUUUGGAUUCAGCUCACCCAAAAACAUAAGUAUGACGCAAAAAAACCAAAACAGCUCUCAACUUUUUUUGUAGACUUGUAUAAUUUUCAAGAAAUCGGUCGACUGAUUCUAUUAUUUAAAUGAGUCGAGCUGCUUUCUUGAUCAAUAAUAAUGCUUAAACCAAAGGUACUUAUUAUAUUUAUGUUCUUAUUUAUUUUAUAAUUGAAAUAAUUAUUUAAUGUGAUUUUAAUUUUCACGCAACUGAAAAGACUUAAAUUAUGUUCAAACAUUUCCGUUUAUGGCGAAAAAAAUUUAAAUAGUUGUAUUGGUACCGAUCGCACUAUUUACUACCACUACAUUAAUACUGUUUGGUCCUUCCAGUCGGGUAUAAACGAACAACCUAUUGCAAGCUUGAAAAAACAGACAAUGUAAUUUUUAAUAUGGGUGUAGUGUUCAUAUCCGGCUCGAAGUACCAGACAAUGUAAUUUGUAGUAUAGGUGUAGUGACAGAAAAUAGUGUAAUCAGUAGGAAUGUCUCCAAUAGUUUCAGUAACUUCAAUUUGAAUGCUUAAAAUAAUGAAAUAAUACAACAAAAUUGAGUCAAAAUAGUCCAACUCUAAUUAACAUUUAUAGAUGAUUUUUAUAGUAUUUAGCUAUAGCACAUUGCAAUUAGCAUUUCCUGUCCAGUAGCGAGUAAUAGUUCUUUCAAUUUUAAGCCAAUUUGUUUAUGUACGAUUCGGCGUUAUGGACCUUCAAGUAAGGUUACUCCCAUGAGAAGAGUUAGGCUUAAGAAGAGUCUUUGACAAAAACAACUUGUGAUACACAAACUUUGUGAUUCAAUACAUAAUGUGGCCCAAAAAGAAUCUACUCAUUACGUAACCCUUUGACGAUAACAAUUUGUGUUACACAAACUUUGUGAUUCAAUACACAUUGUGGCUCAAUAAAAAUCUUCUAGCUGUAUAGCCCUUGAGAAGAGAUUUUGACAAAAACGAUUUGUGAUACACAAACUUUGUGAUUCAAUACACAACAAUGUGUCCCAACAAAAAUAUGGUAACUGUGUAAUCCUUUGAAUAGAACAACUUGUGACACUCAAAGUUUGUGAGGUGGACAACUUUUGAUGUAAAAAGUAUAAAUUUAAGUGCCAAACAAUAAAUUUUAAGCUUUUUUUGACAAUUUUCAAUAAUAACCGAUUAUACUAAAUGGAUAUUUAAUAAAUACAAAUCUCGAUUAAAAAUUAAUAAUUUAAAGCAGUACGGGGUAAAAAAGUUUCAAAAAUAAUCGUUUGAGGUAGUAAAAUUUCUACAAUGAUCUAAUUCUAAAAAGUUUUUUAUUAUAUGAUGUCUUUAUCCCAAAAGACAGUCGCCUUAAUCUUUGGUGACAAUGUUUGCAAACAUUUCCUUCAAUUUUUUGAUCAACCGGUUCGUGAUAAAUAAGGGUGUGAUUUAAUCGAAAAAUCUUGGCGAUUUCUAUUUUCAAAACAAUUAUCUAAACAGUAUUUUGAAAAAAAACUUGUAUUUUUUGGUCUAUAAACGUUAGAAAUGUUUAGCAUAAUCAGUGUACUUAAUAAGACUAAGUAAUAAAGAUAUUAACAAAUAUAUUUACAUGUUAUUGUUUACACUACGUAUAUUCACUUAAUAUACAGGGAGUAACAGAAGUUGUGAAUUGUACCAUUUCCGUCUCAAAAAUAAACUCGGUAGUACUUAAUUUACAUUUAGCUCACUUGAAAUGGAUCAAGACAACGUGUAAUGGAAAACGCACUACAUUUUGAUGAAAACAUUUUCUUCAACUUUCUUGCUGUUUAAUUAUUCUUUUUAGAGGUUUUCAUUAACAUAACUUUUAAUUUUGGAAAGUUGACAGUAACGUCGAAGAGAAAACAGACGGUUUUGGUCAGUAGUAGCCGUUAUGCAAUAGCAGGCGCCUCACAUAAUGUCAAAUAACAAGCGAUCUUCAUCGUAAGCAAUAUUUUGAAGCAAGAAAUUGCAUGUUUUCUUGAUCUGUAUCAAGCGAUCUUUACAAUACAAAAAAAGUUGUAAUGUUUGAAAAAGUUGAUUUUUCGACUCCUUUGUGAACUCCAUCUGUUUCUUUUUUACAAUACUCACAACCGUUUUGAUUCUCUUUGAUCUGAUAAGUACCUCCACUAUAACCAACAGUUGAAUAUCUUUUUAACUGCCAACUUCAUGAAGCCGUCUUUAUAUCAGGUAGCUUCCGCCAGUACAAAUGCAUUUCUUCAGUAUUUUCCACCUGAAUUAAUUUUUAAAGUUACAUAUUGUGUCUGAAGCAUCAAAUUCUUCUCCAGUGUGCAUUAAUCUGUGCCUUAAAGAUUUGAUCUUGCCUUUUACAAAAAUAUAUAGAGGCGGUAGAUUGACCAGUAGUUCUUUUGCAUCUGUGGGAGUAGUUCUUAUGAGUUCUAUGCUUUACAGGUCGGCUAAUCUUUGUGUACCUGAUAGACCUCAACAGCUGUGUCUUUGUCCACAACACUACAGAUCCAUAGGUUAUUAACUACACUUGUGUACAAUUAAAGGGUCAAAUAGUAUUGAAUCCCAAGUUUUUACCACUUUCUUCUGCAUCUGCCCAAUAUUUCAGGACAUUCCAUACCUCCGUCAAAUCUAGAACUAGUAGUUUUAGACUUGGCAGUAUUAGUUAUCUAGUGAAAUUGACUGAGCAUUGGCCGUAAGUCCUUUUUGUUCACAUCAAUUAUAAUAUUUAAGGUCCUCUCGUAUAUUUUCAGACACCACCUCAAAAAACUUUUGGCAAGAAUGUCAAUCACAGUACAAGAAACUUUAAAAAAGAUAACUUUGUUUGCAAUGUAGCUCAACAAAAACCUAUUGACAGUGUAACCCUUUGACAAGAGCAAGUUGUGAUUACAAACUUUGUAAGUCAAUACACAAUGUGGCCCAACAAAAAACUACUAACUGUGUAACUCUUUGACAAGAACAACUUGUAAUCACAAAUUUUGUGAUUCAAUACACAGUGUGGCCCAACAAAAAUCUACUAAGUAUGUAACCCUUUGACAAGAUCACAAACAACAAUACACAAUGUGGCGCACAAAAAUUUAAUAAUUGUGUGCCCGUAAGAAGAGGUGUUGAUAACAACAACUUGUGAUACUCAACUUUGUGAGGUGGACAACUUUUGAUGUAGAACUAAAUGGAUAUUUAAUAAAUAGAAGUCUCGGUUGAACUUGAUUGAUUUAAAGCAAUAGGGGGUAAAAAAGUUUCAAAAAUAAUCGUUUGAGGCGGUAGAAUUUUUACAGAUACAAUGAUCUAAUUCUAAAAAGUUUUUUUGAUUAUAUUAUAUCAAACAACUUUUGAAAUAAUUAUAAAAUUACCUUUUGUUACACCCUAUAUAUUUCGUUCACUUGUGAUUUAGUAAUAAACUGUGGUGCUGGUAUUUUUCAUGAAUUGAUUGUAUUAACAAAUCUAAUAUUUUAUAUUUUUACAAACUUAUACAUACUUUCUUAUAUUAUGCUUUCAAUUAAAACGAAAUUGUUGUUA